AUGCCUGACCUGAAGGCCCAGAGCAGAGUGGAACUGGCCCUGUCUCCCCCCCCUCUGGACCGGGGGGGUGAUCCCGGUCCUUGCCCUGGGACACCGACCGCUGCAACACAAUCAAGGCCCAGCAAUGAGACCACCCAGAGCGGCGACCUCGGCACCUCGCCCAAAAUGGUGGACGCCAUGUGCGCUAACGGCAGAGGAAAGGAAUACUCUUCCCCCACGCUCAAGCCUGACAGCACAGAUUUAAGCACCAACUGGCCAGAAAUCAACAACAAACAGCCACCUGCACGCAUUGUAGCACCUCAGCAGACCAGAGGCCGGCGAAGCGAAGGGGGCACAACGAGCCAGCAUAUCCCCCGCGGAAAAGACACGAGACACUCCACGGACAAAACCCUACCUUCCAGCCGAGACGGAGAACUGGUCUCCAACGUAAAGAGCCGCACACCCCUACCGAAAUGCCAGACAACCUUCCCCAACCUGACAUGA